AUGGCUGGUGGAGCCGGUCUGCACGCAUACAUCUUCGGCUCGGACCGAUUGCUGUCCAUAGAUGCGGCAUUGACGAGAGGCUUGACGUAUGGAGUUGCAUAUCACCUUUCUCCAUAUCCCGUGACUGAACCAGACGACCAAUGGAGUCCCACAUCCAGUUUUGUUAUGCCUCGGGGUAUCAAGCUAUGUGUGCCUGAGGCAUGA